AUGGGGAACGCUCUCUACCUUGUCACUUACGAUCGCGGCACUUACCUGAACACCAGCAUACCCAAACCGUACCACUGGUCCUUCUUCGUCCAAAAGGAAAUCAAGGGCAAAGUAAGGCAGGGAAUUGCUUAUCAGCUGCGGGGAAUACCAGGAGCCUUUCAUUAUGACGGACCAGAAGAAGUUGAUCUAGGGCAUUCGGGCUCUCUGAAGGAGGAGCUUCUGAUUGGGGAAGGACCUGAGGAUAAAUUUGAGAUGAUCCACCAAAGGCUGAAGGAGUGCAAAAUAGACUCAGUUGAAUCGUCCAGCUGGAAUUGCCCGGAUUGGGCGCUUGAAGGGUUUGAGAAACUGAAGACUGAAGGAUUUGUAUAUGAUAUAUACACAGUCGAGACAGUUAGAGCUUGGCUCAGGGAGAAAUAG